AGGAGGAGCGUUUCCUUUCCUAAAGAUAUUUUACCUCCCACUGAACUGAUCUUGCCACUGCAUAGCCUAUUCAAAGCAGCCGCAGAAACUUAGAGUAAGCAGAGAGAAAAGGCUCGUCAAGUAUCUCUCGUGUACACUGGGAACUUUCUGUUGCACAGCCAUCAUUUUAUCAGCAGCAAAACUAUGUGCCCUACAGGUUACCAAGUUAAGGGUCGUUUCUUCAAUUUGCUUUUUAUUAUUUUAAAAACUGCUAAUUUUUAUUUAAUUUAACUAGCCAUAUGGAUCCCGGUGAUGCUCUGGCUCUGAAUUUUUCAUUAAUAAACAGGUGAACGCACUGUCCAGGAUUAUUCAUGAGAUUCUAGAGAUGGGCUCUAUGUCUUUCCAGAACACGCCCUGAUAGAUUAAGUAGAUAAAGAACCUGCGGGAAGGGCAGGGACUGUGAGUUUGAGAUCACUGCGGCACAGCUCGUGCCAGUAUCUUGCUUUACCUGUGACACGCACUCGAAUGUCAAAUAAACGUGGCAAACAAAACAAUACAAAACAAAGAGCAAUUCAAGGAUAUAUCUACGGCAAUAUUUCAAAGGAUUUUUCAGGAUUCCCAGAGGAGUUUUGUUUUGUCUGUAUACCUUUGAUUUGGAAUUGAUUCGUCUGUGACUAGCUAUCGAUCUAAGAGCAUUCAAGAACAGCACAUUAUUUCUCACCAACCAUUGAUAGCCUACAUUAAGACGGUGGACAUCAUGAGCAGGAAAACAAGACGCUGGAUUUUUCAUAUUUUCCUUUGCCUGGGGAUUGUGUAUUUGAAAAUUGGGGGCUUUUCGUCAGUGGUUGCGCUAGGGGCGAGCAUAAUCUGUAACAAGAUUCCUGGUUUGGCUCCUCGACAACGGACUAUCUGUCAGAGCCGACCCGACGCUAUCAUAGUCAUCGGAGAAGGCGCACAAAUGGGGAUCAACGAGUGCCAGUUUCAGUUCAAAAAUGGACGAUGGAACUGCUCUGCGCUCGGAGAAAGAACUGUCUUUGGAAAAGAGUUGAAAGUGGGCAGUAAGGAGGCGGCAUUCACCUACGCAAUCAUCGCGGCCGGGGUAGCCCACGCCAUCACGGCGGCCUGCACCCAGGGCAACCUGAGCGACUGCGGCUGCGACAAGGAGAAGCAGGGCUUCUACAACCAGGACGAGGGCUGGAAGUGGGGCGGCUGCUCGGCCGACAUCCGCUAUGGCCUGGGCUUCUCCAAAGUCUUUGUGGAUGCCCGGGAGAUCAAACAGAAUGCCAGGACACUAAUGAAUCUACACAACAACGAGGCCGGACGGAAGAUCCUGGAGAAAAACAUGCGUCUGGAGUGCAAGUGCCACGGCGUGUCCGGCUCCUGCACCACCAAGACCUGCUGGACCACACUGCCCAAGUUCCGCCAGCUGGGCUACAUCCUCAAGGACAAGUACCACCAGGCAGUGCACGUGGAGCCGGUGAGAGCCAGCCGCAACAAGCGCCCCACCUUCCUCAAGAUCAAGAAGCCCUACUCCUACCGCAAGCCCAUGGACACGGACCUGGUGUACAUCGAGAAGUCGCCCAACUAUUGCGAGGAGGACCCGGUGACGGGCAGCGUGGGCACGCAGGGCCGCAUCUGCAACAAGACGGCGCAGCAGAGCAACGGCUGCGACCUCAUGUGCUGCGGCCGGGGGUACAACACGCACCAGUACUCCCGCGUCUGGCAGUGCAACUGCAAAUUUCUCUGGUGCUGCUAUGUCAAGUGCAAUACCUGCAGCGAGAGGACAGAGGUGUACACGUGUAAAUGAGAACGUUUAUUGCACACGCAUACGCGAGCACACAGACGCAUACAGGCACACACACACACACACACACACAUACUCACACAAACACACAUUUAUGGGUGUGUGUGCGUGCACCGAGCCUGUGUGUACUGAUCAUGUUGCUGACAGGGUCUGUUUCGGACUACUGCGGACGGAGAGGAAGAGGAGGGAGGCGGAAAAGAAAGACGAGGCCUCGGUCAGAUGUGCGUUGUGCAGUGGCGCUGUCUCUCUCCCCGGUCCGAAUGGAGCCCGACAGAGGAACCCUCUGUCCCGUUGCAGGGUUUACAGGAUUCAUUAAGAGCAGAUUAUAUCCGGUUGCUUCUAAGCACCAAGUGCUGCCAAAACCAAGUGGAAGAUAGAGCCUUCCUGCU